AUGUCUACGGGGUACAACCAACCUGGGGCGAAGAGGCAGAAGCGAGAAGGGAGGGCUGACAAUGAUUAUUUUCAAGGCAUAGACAAAAUGGAGUACAACAAUAUGGCAUCGUUAUCGGACACAAGUGCCUACCGCUACUACAACAGCUCUGAGCGGGUGCACUCCAGGCCAAUGGAGGACUGGGUGAAAUACAGUGUCUCCCUCACCGAGUUCCGGAGUAAUGGUCAUAACAAUUACGGUAAGCCACACCAUGCUUGGGAUGACGGUUCGCACUCCAUCGACAACUACAAGCGUUGUAUUAAAGCGUUCUUCGAUUUUUGCAAUAAACUCGGUGUAAAAUACUGGACAGCUUUCGAUACCGAUCUAAUCCCAAUGACAGACAGCUGGGAGGAGAACCGAGUGUUAUGGGACGAUAUUUUGGAGUACGUGCAGGAUUUGAUCCAACGAUAUCACGUUAAAUUGCUGUGGUUAGCGCCAGAUUUACAUUCGCAUACAAGAUAUAUUUCUGGCGCCUUCACGAGUAACGAUGCCACUACCUUCACCCAAGCUGCGACACAGAUUAAAAAAUGCCUUGAAGUAUCACAACGUUUAAACGCUGAAUGUUUCCUUCUGUGGCCCUAUAGAGAAGGCUACGAUGUCAUAUUUCAAUCCGAUGUCGCCAGAGAAAUUAAAUUGUUUGCCAAACUAUUGAAAAUUACAGCCGAAUAUAAGGAUAGAUUGAACUACAGAUGUCAAUUGUUACUAAUGCCGUAUUAUAACUGCCAUUUAGGUAGAAAUAACGGUUGGUUAUGGCAACACCGAAAUCGGCGGGAAAAUGAACUGGUAAAUAUGUACAUGUGGGACGUGACAAGUUGUUUGUACUUACUCAAGAGUUACAAUUUGGAUCGCUUUUACAAAGUCUGCACAAUGCCUGGACAUCAUAUGUGUAUGGCAAAUGUAUACAACAUGCUGGGCGGCGUGGUAAUAACAAAUGAUAUAGACCAGUACGACAGCAAAACCUUUACGCUCAUGAUGAAAUGUGUGAUCGAUCAGGGCAUUCCACCGGGAGGUGUGAAUUUGCAGUUACGAGCGCGGGAAUGCUCGCCGCGAGAAAUGCUCGCCUCGCAUGCAAAAUACGUAGAUGCGUUAGCUAAGGCGUUACGCCUUGCCUCCGCUCUGGCCUCGGAGCAGACGUUCUCUAAACACUUGCAGCAACGUUACUCGUCGUUUGGCAGCGGGUUCGGUUCCCGGCUGGUCACCAGCGACGUCACAAUGGAGGAGUGCGAGGACUAUUACAAGAGGAACCAUCAAAACCAGCAAAAUGAUUCAACAAAAUCGGAACAGCUGGAUGUGAUGUUCCAAAGAUUUCUGGAUACUUGUGACCGCAUCUGA